UUCUCGCGAGAUCGGGCUGGGAGCGCUCGGGGCCUUUUCAAACCGGGAUCCGUUACCGCUCCGGGCCGCCGUCGCCAUUGUCGCGCGCGGAGCCCUCAGAGAGCGCGGUGGCGCGAUGGCAGACGCCGACAAACCCGCGGUGGCCGGUGACGACAGCCCGCGUCCGCAGCCUGCCGAGUCCCGCGUCCCGGAACCUGAGAAGCAGCCGCCGCGGAGCAGCUCCAACGGCGUGACAAUGGAGAAUGAUGAAUCAGUGAAAGAAGAUAAAUCUGACCUAAAGGAGAAACCCACAGGAAAUAAGAAGGCCAAUCGAUUCCACCCUUACUCUAAAGACAAGAAUUCAGGCACUGGAGAAAAGAAGGGUCCCAACCGUAACAGGGUUUUCAUUAGCAACAUCCCCUAUGACAUGAAAUGGCAAGCAAUCAAAGACCUCAUGCGAGAAAGAGUCGGUGAGGUUACAUACGUGGAGCUCUUUAAGGAUGCGGAAGGAAAAUCAAGGGGUUGUGGUGUGGUUGAAUUUAAAGAUGAAGAAUUUGUAAAGAAAGCCCUAGAAACUAUGAACAAAUAUGAUCUUAGUGGAAGACCCCUGAAUAUAAAAGAGGAUCCUGAUGGAGAAAAUGCUCGGAGGGCAUUGCAGCGAACAGGGGGAUCCUUUACAGGAGGCCAUGCCCCGGAGAUGGGGUCUGGGUUGAUGAAUUUACCUCCAUCCAUUCUCAAUAACCCGAACAUUCCUCCUGAGGUUAUCAGUAACUUGCAGGCUGGUAGACUUGGUUCCACAAUAUUUGUUGCUAAUCUGGACUUCAAAGUUGGUUGGAAAAAACUAAAGGAAGUGUUCAGCAUAGCUGGAACUGUCAAGCGAGCAGAUAUUAAAGAAGACAAAGACGGCAAGAGCAGAGGAAUGGGCACAGUCACUUUUGAGCAAGCGAUUGAAGCAGUUCAAGCAAUUUCUAUGUUCAAUGGGCAGUUUUUAUUUGAUAGACCUAUGCAUGUGAAAAUGGAUGACAAGUCUGUCCCUCAUGAAGACUACCGUUCACAUGACAGUAAAACACCACAAUUACCACGUGGCCUUGGUGGCAUUGGAAUGGGACUUGGUCCAGGAGGACAGCCUAUUAGUGCCAGCCAGUUGAACAUAGGUGGUGUAAUGGGAAAUCUAGGUCCAAGUGGUAUGGGAAUGGAUGGUCCAGGUUUUGGAGGAAUGAAUAGGAUUGGAGGAGGAAUCGGGUUUGGUGGCCUGGAAGCAAUGAAUAGCAUGGGAGGAUUUGGCGGAGUGGGCCGGAUGGGAGAGCUGUACCGUGGUGCGAUGGCCACUAGCAUGGAGCGGGACUUUGGACGUGGUGACCUUGGACUCAAUCGAGGCUUUGGAGAUUCUUUCGGUAGACUUGGCGGUGGCAUGGGCGGCAUGAGCAGUGUGGCUGGAGGCAUGGGCCUGGGCCUGGACCGCGUGAGCUCCAGCUUCGACAGAAUGGGCCCGGGCAUCGGCGCCAUCCUGGAGAGGAGCAUUGACAUGGACCGUGGAUUCCUGUCCGGGCCUGUGGGCAGCGGGCUGCGCGAGAGAGCGGGCUCCAAGGGCAACCAGAUAUUCGUCAGAAAUCUGCCUUUUGACUUGACUUGGCAGAAACUAAAAGAGAAAUUCAGUCAGUGUGGUCAUGUCAUGUUUGCUGAAAUAAAAAUGGAGAAUGGAAAGUCAAAAGGCUGUGGCACAGUCAGGUUUGACUCACCCGAGUCCGCCGAAAAGGCCUGCAGGAUAAUGAAUGGCAUCAAAAUCAGUGGCCGAGAAAUCGAUGUCCGCUUAGAUCGUAAUGCAUAACUUCAGCUACACUUGAAACAUUCCUUUGUUUUUGCUGAAUCUUCUAGAAAAAGUGUUUGUUUUAGUAAUACUGUAUGCUUACAGAAGCUGUAAAAAUGGACUUUUAAAAUUCUGAUCAGCUUUCAACAGUAUAAUGUUAAAAAUAUACUGUGAAUUUGUUUUGGUUCAUCUUAUGUUGGGUUUCUACAAACAGCAAGUCUGCUCAUUCAGUUUAAAUGAAUGGUUAUACUGUUUUUAAAGAAAUAAGCCGUUUUCCUUUUUUCACUAUGGCAUAGUAGGGUUUGUUUGUUUUGGUUGCCCCAGCUUUUAUCAAUUUAUUGGAAAGUAAAGAUGGGUGGUUUUUCAAAAUUUUUGUUUUAUAAUAUAUAGUUGUCCAUGAAAAGAAGGGCUCAGGCUAGUUAGAGUAUGAUUUUGAUUGGUUUUAAGGUACUUUUUGUUAGCAUAAAGAAUUACUAUGAGUGUUAGAUAAUGAAGUUCAGGAUGUUUUUUUAUUUGACUUAAAGGGAUUUUUCCAUGUUCUCCCAUUUAUAUUUUCCACAUGACACUAUUAAUAAAAUCAGUCUCCACAACCUUUUAUUUUAUUAUUGCCAACAAUUCCCAGUUCAUACAGAACUGACAGUGUAGCGAGUACCACGUACAGUAAUAGGCAGGCUCCUCCCAACUUUCUGUCUAGCUUCCAGCCAUUAAAAUGAACCGCU